GGGUUUAAGCAAUAGUUAUAAGUUGGGUGGAAGGCUGGGAGGUGAUAAGAGGGCAGACCCUAAAUUUUAAAAGAAAAAGCAAAAGAGAGGAAAAGCAAAAGACGUGGUCUUUCUCAUAUACACAGAUCCCUAUGGGAAUGAAGCGGGUGCGUUGCUUGCUGGGAAUUCAUUCUUUUUGCUUAGUUUAAAGAGACCAGUUUUGUUGGCUUCGGGGUGGAGAGAUCGAGACGCAGAUUUUAUGUAAGAGGAGUGCUCUCAAGAUACAACCAAAGAGAGAGUAUGUAUGGUUCGUUGAGAAAUUUGCUGUAGCCUGUGCCGACCCAACAAAAGCCAAAAGCCCCAGUCGUUCUCUCAUCUAUACGCAGGAGGCAAAGAGGUUUUCGUUAUGAUUAGUUUAUUUGCUGCCCAAUGAUUGACUUGCCUUGCUGCGAGAGACACUGCUAACAAAGUUCAAACCUUUGAGGAUAAGAAAGAAAAAGGAAAAGACACAGUGAGAGAGAGCGAGGUUUGAAGAAGAUGAAGUCUAUGAAUGAUAGCAGGAACAACGACGGGAGUGAGAAUAAUAAUAGUAAUCAAAACUGGUUGGGGUUCUCUCUGUCACCCCACAUGAAAAUGGAGCACUCUCCUGGCCCUCCCCUCCAUCAUCACGAUCACCAUCAACCUCAGCCUUCUGCUGCUGCUGUUUCUAGCUCUGUUCCGACAAGCUUUUGUUUGUCGCCUUCUCAGCUCAGCACUUACGGAAUAUGUUAUGGUGCACCGGAGAACGCAGGCUUUCAUUCUCCGUUGACCGUCAUGCCUCUCAAGUCCGAUGGCUCCCUCUGUAUAAUGGAAGCGCUCACUAGAUCACAAACUCAAGUGAUGAUGCCGAAUUCGUCUCCGAAACUGGAGGACUUUCUAGGUGGUGCAACUAUGGGGACUCACGAUGCAACUUUGAGCCUCGACAGCAUCUACUAUGGCGCUCAGAAUGCACAGACUCAAGCCCACAGAGAUCAUUCUCUUGACUUUCUUUCGGAGCCUUUCAGACAGCAAGACCCCGUGCCUGCGCAGGCACAUCCUUAUUAUUCUGGAAUCGCUUGCCAUGCUAUUUAUCCAUCGCCAUUGGAGCAACAAAGCAAGGACCCCCAUAUGCAACCAAUGUCCGUGGAAGGCAUGGCUUGUCUGAAAAACUGGGUGGUUCCCGGCAGGGAAUAUUCUGCUCAACAAGGUUUAGAGCAGAAAAAGGAUGGACGCAUGGAGGAUGAUGGCGGAGCAUCCGGGUCAGUCGGUAAAGUUGGGUGUGGAGAUUUACAGUCCCUCGGCUUAUCCGUGAGCCCUGGUUCGCAGUCUAGCUGUGUAACUGCUCCACAGCAGAUUUCGCCUUCUGCGAGUGACAUGGUAGCAAUGGAAGCCAAGAAGAGAGGGCCUGGAAAGUUGGGCCAGAAACAACCUGUGCAUAGGAAAUCGAUCGACACUUUUGGCCAGAGAACGUCUCAGUUCCGAGGCGUCACUAGGCACCGGUGGACUGGCAGAUAUGAAGCGCAUUUAUGGGAUAACAGUUGUAAGAAGGAAGGUCAGACGAGGAAAGGAAGACAAGUUUAUUUGGGGGGCUAUGACAUGGAAGAGAAAGCUGCAAGAGCCUACGAUCUUGCAGCCCUCAAGUACUGGGGAGCCUCAACCCAUAUUAACUUUCCGUUGGAAAAUUACCAGGUUGAACUAGAAGAAAUGAAAAACAUGAGCAGGCAAGAAUACGUUGCCCACUUGAGAAGAAAAAGCAGUGGUUUUUCCAGAGGAGCUUCAAUGUAUAGAGGAGUGACAAGGCAUCAUCAACAUGGAAGAUGGCAAGCAAGGAUAGGUAGAGUUGCUGGAAACAAGGAUCUUUAUCUUGGAACAUUCAGCACUCAGGAGGAAGCAGCUGAAGCAUAUGACAUAGCUGCAAUCAAGUUCCGUGGUGUGAACGCAGUGACGAACUUCGACAUAUCUAGGUACGAUGUGGACAGGAUCAUGGCCAGCAAUACACUUCUGGCUGGUGAGCUGGCUCGACGAAAUAAAGAUAGCGAACCAAGAAUAGAAGCCCUAGAGUACAAUAACCAUAGCAAUGGGGAAGCGGUUCUAGCCCAGAGGAACAAGAACGACACCGGUUCAGAUUGGAAGAUGUUGUAUCCUCCAAAUAGCUGUGAUCAGAAAACCGGGAACUGCGGAAAUUACAGGAAUUCAGCCAUAUCUGCGUCCCUACAGGAUCUCAUUGGGAUUGACUCUGCGAGCUCAGGUCAGGCCAUGCUGGAGGACACUACAAAGAUAGGCACUCAUUUUUCAAACCCAUCCUCGCUGGUCACGAGCCUAAGCAGCUCAAGAGAGGGAAGUCCGGAUAAAGCUGGCCCCACCAUUCUGUUUCCAAAGCCUCCUCCAAUAGCUUCAAAGAUUGUUAGCCCCAUAGGUAGUGGAGUUAGUUCGUGGUUCCCUUCGGCAGCAUCUCAGACGUUGAGGCCAGCGUCUGCUCUUUCAAUGUCUCACUUGCCAGUAUUUGCUGCUUGGAACGAUAGUUGAAUUUUGCAUGAUGAUGCAACAAGGCAAGAAAAAACAUUGAUAGCGGAAAAAGGUGAAUGAAUGUUUGUUCUUCAAAGUCGUUAGUGGAGGAAUUUGGGGGAUUAACGACAGAUGGGGUAGGGACCAUUUAUCUGUCAUCUGUCUGUAACCAAAGUGUAAAAGCCUUCUUUUUUUUGGGAAAAAAAUAUUGGAAUGGGGGAUAAUAUGCAGAUUUGUGGGGGGGGAAAGGUGUCAUUAAUUUAGGAAGGCGGGCUAAUGAUUAACUUCUGUGAAAUGAUGUUAGCAAUAUAGAAGUGUAGCCCUUGCAUUAUUGAUCUUGCUUUUUUGAAGUUGCUGUUCUACUAGUUCCAGCUAAGUACAAGAACCAGCUCAAUAUGUUUCCCCAAUAAUGCAAAAAGGCUCCUGCAUUGACC